AUGAAGACAUUCAAAUGUUGUUUUAAAUACCCAGCACAGCAGAAAGUUUUUAUCUUAUUUGUAACUCUGUGGCUGUUCUCCUUGCUGAAGCUUCUAAAUGUGAGAAGCCUCCUCUUCCCUCAGAGAGGCAUUUACUUGGUUGAAGCCUUCCUGAGUACCUCGCCUUUUGUAAGGAACAGAUACACCAAUGUGAAGAAUGAAGUCCAGUAUGAAGUUAACUGUUCAGGUAUCUAUGAACAGGCACCUUUGGAAAUUGGCAAGAGUCUGGAAAUAAGAAGGAAAGACAUCAUUGACUUGGAUGAUGAGGAUGUUGUGGCAAUAACGAGUGAUUGUGACGUUUAUCAAUCCCUAAGAGGGUACCAUCAAAAGCCUGUUUCAAGGGAAGAGAAGAGCUUCCCAAUAGCCUAUUCUUUGGUUGUUCAUAAAGACGCCAUUAUGGUUGAAAGGCUACUCCAUGCUAUAUACAACCAGCACAAUAUCUACUGCAUCCAUUAUGACCACAAGUCACCUGAUACCUUCAAAUUUGCCAUGAACAAUUUAGCUAAGUGCUUCUCCAAUGUUUUCAUUGCCUCCAAAUUAGAGACAGUGCAAUAUGCACACAUUUCCAGACUCCAAGCUGAUUUGAAUUGCUUAUCUGACCUCCUCAAGUCCUCAGUUCAGUGGAAAUAUGUUAUCAAUCUGUGUGGGCAAGAUUUUCCUUUGAAGUCAAACUUUGAAUUAGUGUCAGAGUUGAAGAAACUCAAUGGAGCAAAUAUGUUAGAAACAGUGAAACCCCCUAACAGUAAAAUGGAAAGAUUCACUUAUCACCAUGAACUCAGACAAGUGCCUUAUGAAUAUGUGAAGCUACCGAUAAGGACAAACAUCUCCAAGGAAGCCCCCCCUCAUAACAUUGAGAUAUUCGUUGGCAGUGCUUAUUUUGUUUUAAGUCGAGCAUUUGUUAAAUAUAUUUUCAACAACUCCCUGGUUAAAGACUUUUUUGUCUGGUCUAAAGAUACAUACUCGCCUGAUGAACAUUUUUGGGCUACCUUAAUUCGAGUACCAGGAAUACCUGGGGAGAUUUCUAGGUCAGCCCAGGAUGUGUCUGACUUACAGAGUAAGACCCGCCUUGUCAAGUGGAAUUAUCAUGAAGGCCUUUUGUACCCCCGAUGUACUGGCUCCCACCUUCGAAGUGUGUGUAUCUUUGGAGCAGCAGAAUUAAGGUGGCUUAUAAAUGAAGGACAUUGGUUUGCUAAUAAAUUUGACUCUAAGGUGGACCCCAUCUUGAUUAAAUGCUUGGCAGAAAAGCUUGAAGAGCAACAGAGACAAUGGAUUACCUGGUCUUCAAAAAAGUUAUUUAUGGCUAAAAAUCCCAUGAUUGCAUCAUGAUAAAAUCAUGAUAGAAAUAAGGUAUCUGAUAAAUAGAGCUAAUAUGGACUUGUGUGCUAUACCAGGCCCAGUACCAUUCGAGCUUAACCUUGUAGUUUGAGGGCCAUCCAAAAUUACAUGCACAAAGGCGACAAGUAACCUGCAUUUGGUUGGGUGUUUUUAUGUUUGUUUUUCCUUGUAAUCGUACGGAGCUAAAUCAGAAAUCUAAAAGUCAGUCAUCAGAUAGUUACUGAGCUCCAACUGUAUGCCAGGUACUUUUACAGAAAUGUUAGCAAUUAAAUCCAAGUUGUAAUGACUUAGAUAAGGCCUUCAAGGCUUGCCAUAGUCACACGGCAACCUUAAUAUCUUAAGUUUUCCACAUAGCAAUCAAGAUUCUACUGAAAAGCUGUUGGAGUGUGGGAUAAUCACAUAACCACUGAAACCACCAACUUCAGGAUAGUGUUUAAGUAUGAUGACCAACACUUCACUGUCUCUUAAUUCAACUCCCUAGACUUUUAACUGUUACUAGAAGGAGAAACUCCACUACCUCAGGAAAGCUCAAAGAAUCGUCCAAUUUCCUGCUUACCAAAGCAUAAUUUACCUUUUAGUGCCUCACUCUUUCAAUUCAGAGUCAGAAGACUCUGUUGGCGGGGCAUUUAUAGUGUAGGAUGUUAGAGAGGCUGGGUAGGGGGCAAGGGGAUUGGGACAGGUGGUGCCUGAAGACCAACAGGGAUUUAUAGGACUUUUGCAUCAUGUUACACGAUGGUUUCAUGAAUGGUCUCCUUUUUAAUUCAAUGAAUUCUUUAAAACACAUUUACUGAUUCAAAAUAAGAACUUGAUUAAUAGCUCAAAGUAUCACACUCCUAAACUUUAAACCUAAAUCUUCUAGCUCAUAGAUUAUCAUUUUAUGUAAGUUGUUUACAAUGGAAUUAGUAUAAUUUUGUUUUAUGGAACCAGUAGGCUAAGAGUCACUGAAUUUUCUCAAAAUGGUUGUGUAAAAUAUGACAGCUUUUUAAGUUAGCUAUUAUGGUCACUUUAAAAUUUCUGCUUACAUCUCCAGUAACUAUCCAAGUAGAAUCCAAACUUAAAUUUAUGAAAGCUCUAAGCACGCUGAAGUCCUUUCACCUUAGAUACAAGAGAGAAAAAGUUAAUUUUCUUAAGGACUUAGCAAGAAUAUUCAUUAGUGUUAUUUUGUAAAACCACUUUAGAAAA